UGUGAGAAAGAAACAUAUACACGGAGGAAUGUGCGUUCGUAGUUUCGUACUAAUUGUAUCAAAUAUAUGUAAUGUACUAACUUAUAUUUAGAACGGUUAAUCCUUUUAUCUUGCUAUUUGGACUAUACUUUUAGUUAUCAGAUAUUAAUAGCUUUAUAAGAAGAAAGAUAUAAAUAAGAAUUAUAGAACUUUAAGUGUUAUUGUAACACGAAAAUUAUAGUUUUUGUAAAAAUGUCAAAUAUUUAAAAUAUUAUUGAAAAUGGUUAAACGAAAAAGUUUAAACAAACUUCGGUCUAGAUACAGUUCUGCUAUUUUAAAUUCCGAUACGGAUAUUUUUGGCGAUGAAUACCCAUACUGGUGGAAAAAGUUGGAAGAUACCUCGUUAGCGCAACUAUCAACUGAUUCGAAAAUUUUAAAUGAAACUAGUCGUCAUUUAGACUCUAAUUCACAAAUAGAAACAAGCCAGGUUACAGGUGAAUGGUGGAAAAUAUUAGAUGUUUCGAGUAUUCCAAAUUCUCCCAAAAUAAACAAAGAUAUCGUAGAAAAAAAUUCAGCUAACAAUGUAUUGGUGUCGGAAUCUGAAGAAGAACUUGAAAUUGCAAAAAGCAAACAUCAUUUGCGUUCAAAGACAAGAAAAAGCAAGGAUAAUAUUUUUUUGAACGUUUUAAACGAUUCUGUAACAACCAAGUCAGAUGUUAAAAAGGAAAAUAAUAAUGUAAUAACGUCGGAAUCCGAGGAAGAACCGGAAAAUGCAAAAAAAAGAUAUCCUCUGCGUUCAAAAGCGAAACAAAACAAAGAUAAUAUCUUCUUUAAUGUCUUAAAUAAUUCUACGACAACUACCUCAGAAGUUGUAAUGGAAAACAAUAAUGUAGUAACGUCGGAAUCUGAAGGUGAACCUGAAGUUGCAAAAAGGAAAUUUCUCUUGCGUUCUAAGGCAACAGAAAGCAAUCAUAAUGUUUCCUCGAAUGUCUUAAACGAUUCUGUAACAACCAAGUCAGAUGUUAAAAAGAAAAAUAAUAAUGUAGUCACGUCAGAAUCCGAGGAAGGAUCUAAAAUUGCAAAAGAGAAAAAUCUUUUGCAUUUAAGGGCAAAAAGAAGCAAAGGUAAUAUUUUAUUAAAUGUCUCAAAUGAUUCUAUGACAACUAGGUCAAAGGUUAUAAAGAAAAAUGGUAAUAUAGUAAUGUCGGCAUCUGAAGAAGAGCUUGAAAUUGCAAAAAGCAAACAUUAUUUGCGUUCAAAGGCAAGAGAAAGCAAAGAUAACAUUUUUUUGAACGUUUUAAACGAUUCUGUAACAAGCAAGUCAGACGUUAAAAACAAAAGUAAUAAUAUAAUAACGUCGGAAUCCGAGGAAGAACCGAAAGUUGCAAAAAAGAGAUAUCCUCUGCGUUCAAAGGCAAAACAAAGCAGAGAUAAUAUUUUUUUGAAUGUUUUAGACGAUUCUAUGACAACUACAUCAGAAGUUACACAGAAAAAUAAUAAUGUAGUAACGUCGGAAUCUGAAGAAGAACCUGAAAUUGCAAAAAGGAAAUUCCCCUUGCGUUCUAAGGCAAUAGAAAGCAAAGAUAAUAUUUUUUCGAAUCUAUUAAACGAUUCUGUAAGAAGUAAGUCGGGAACUAUACAUGAGACUAAUAAUGUACCAAUCCUGGAAUCCGAAGAAUCUAAAAAUGCAAAAGUAAACUAUUCUUUGCGUUCUUUGGCCACAGAAAGCAAAGAUAAUAUUGGUUCGGAUAAAUUAAACGAUUCUGUAACAACUACGCCAGGAAUUGCACAGAAGACUAACAAUAUACUAACGUUGGAAUCCGAAGAACCUAAAAUUGCAAAAGGAAAAUUUCUUUCGCGUUCUAAGGUAACAGGAAGCAAAGAUAAUAUUUUUUCAAAUGUUUUAGAUGAUUCUGCGACAACUAAGUUAAACGUUAUGCAGAGAACUGGAGAAAAAAGUUCUAAGAGUAAUUCUGCAUCAAAUAGUGAAACAGUUGCUAAUGUUGAAGAAUUAAAUAAGAUACGAGGAUAUAGUUUGAAUCACAGUCAAAAGACUGAUGAUAUUGUAAAAUUAAAGUCUAAUAUUUCAAAGAAUAAAAAUAAUGAGUUACAAAUGACAACAAACUACUUAGUUCCUGCAAUAACCGAAACAUCAGUUUCCAGCGAAACAGGGUCGAAUCGGUUCGCAUUAAAUUUUGAGGAUGAUUCUAUACAUUUUGCAUUACCAAAAGCACAGAGUACAAUACUCGAAGGUAGUAGUUUGUCUGUACAUAAUAGCAUUAAGGAAAGCAGUAACAGUGACGCAUACCAUAAAGUAUUAAAAUGGAAAUCAAAGUUGUUAACAAAUCAUAAUAAGAAUGUAAAAAAGAAUUUAUUUGAAACUGUAUUUGAAGAUCAAGAAAGUACUAUUAAAAUACGAGGAAAUGCAACAGCCGAUGGAAUAGCAGAACAUUCACAGAAAUCAUCAAAGGUCUCUGAAGCACUGCAUCUUUCUCGAUUGCCGUCUUCUCCUUCCAAAAAAGCAAUUUCGUCUCCUUCGCGACAUUCAACGGUGGUCAAAACAAACACACAUAGCGAUGAGCCAAAAGGCCAGACAAGUAUCAGGCACUUUUUGAUGUCGGAUAAAACAUUGCCGACAUCGCAAAUGUUUUGGGAUAAAGAGAAAGUAGAUGGAAUAAAACGAGAAUUAGAGAGGGUGAAGGAACGAGAAAUAGCUCGUAUGAAAAUGGAUAGGAACAAGCAAGAAGUUCAAAAGAAAUUGCCUUCGCGUGAAGGAAAAAUAAAGGAAAUUGAGAAAAAUACGAAGUCGACAUUGCAGAAGCAACGUCCUAUUAAACAAGUCCAUGAGGCUUUUUUGGUGAACGGGCGAGUAUACAGAGCUCCUCGGCUUCCCCGUCCCCAAUCCUGGAUUACCGAUCGCCUUUAUAAAUACUUGUGGAAGUGUAUGGAACCGAGAUUCAAGUUGGAAACUAGAGUGGUUUCUGAAAAAUUUAUACAUCAGUUGUCGAGUAUAACAACGUUGAUCGCCAAACGUAAAUCAUACUUGAAUUAUAAAGCUGAAUUGUACGCUUUAAUGAAAGAAAUGGCACGGCUUGAUAUUAUUCAUACUCGAAACGAUUUUUAUAAUUUUUGUCAUGAUUUCUUUCCCUAUGAGCUUCGCGUUAAAACAGUGCCAAUGUUAUUACCUGGAAACAAGAGAAAUAUACCAUACGACGCGGAUACGCUGCACAAGCCUCUUCUAGUCCCUUGAACCUUUAUUGUACAUGACGCGUUACAUUUAACGCGACUCCUACCACAGAAUGUAAAUAAAUAUAUUUUCGUUAUGUUCAAAGAAA